UCCUAGGGAGAAGGGCUAACAGGGCUCGCUGAAAACAGGCUAAACGCCAGGCUUGCUCCUUGCUUUUCUGGCAACAGCCCCCACUUCUCCUCUCCGAAAGCUUUCUAGUAAAUAAUCUGCUUUAAUAAAAGUCUCUUUUAGGCGUUUAAUAGUGAACCCAGUUGUAACACAAACAGAAGGAAAAUGACUUCUCGCACCAGGCUUUAAAACAGGAGCAAAGAAUGAAGCUUUUCCGCUUCCCGUGGUCAGCCCACACAAUCCUAGCAAUAGCAAAAGACUCUCCUCUCAAGGGAUGUGUGAUCGAAACUGAACUGAUAUGGAAACGUUCGUGCCACCCCUGCACGGAUAAACACGGGUGCAACAGUUAACAGCAACUCCACCCCGAUUCCAAACGCAGAGCCUAUAACCAAGCGGCUACUCGCGCUGCUUGUAGGAAUGACGCUCGGCUCACCAGGCUCCGCUCCUCCCAUUUCUCUGAACUACUUGCCACUGUUUCAAUUUUCUUCCCUUUCCUCUUUGAACAGCAGCACCAGCACCACCAACAAGAGCUGCGUGUCAAGCAGAAAUGCAAGAGCAUCCACAAUGGAAGUAGUACUAUCCUGGGCCCCAGUUGUUGGUUUUACGCUGUUGCCCCAUGCAGGAAGCAUUUGGGGAGCUAGGAUUACAAAGAAAGAAAUUCCUACGUGGUAUGAAUCCCUGGAGAAACCAUCCUGGCGUCCUCCUAACAGGAUUUUUGCACCUGUUUGGGGAACUUUAUAUUCAUCAAUGGGAUACGGUUCUUACCUAGUAUGGAGGGAAUUGGGAGGCUUCAAUGAAAAAUCCAUGGUUCCACUUGGACUGUAUGCAGGACAGCUAGCAUUAAACUGGUCAUGGACUCCCAUUUUUUUUGGAAAUCACAAAAUGGGAUGGGGCCUGGUUACUUUGUUACUUACCACAGGAGCAGCAACAGCUACUACAGCAGUCUGGUAUCAUGUCAACAAAACAGCAGCAUAUUUGAUGUACCCUUACUUAGCUUGGCUUACUUUUGCCUCUGUGCUCAAUUAUCGCAUCUGGAAGGACAAUCGUAAUAAGAAAUGUCUAUAAUGUGUUCAUAGUUUUCUAGAGGAAUGUAUGGCAACACCAAAACAGGAUUAUUUUUUAAAAAUAAAAAUAAUUUUUUUCUCAGUCAGAUUACAAUCCCAUCAUCCUGUUGCUUAAACCAUAUGGGUUUCAGAUAAAUGUAAAAUAAUCAUGUUGACAUGCUAAAUAAAACUGCAGUAAAAUUAAGUAAAAGACA